AUGAUGUUUCAGGAGACCCGUGCCAGGAGCAACGACAAGGCGCGCUGUACACUCCUGCCCAUGAACAUGAAUGAGGAGGACAUGCAGUGCGGGGUUAUUAGGGAACGUUCGAAGGUCGGCUCGAGCUUGGCCGUUGUAGAGCCGAUGUCCAUUGAUCCGGACAUUACCUUCAGUAAUGUUGGUGGCUUGAACGAUGACUUGCGCGUGUUACGAGAGGUGGUUUUUCUGACUCUGCACCACCCUGAAAUUUUCGAGAAAUUUAGAAAAACGGCCCCAAGCGGUGUUCUCUUCUAUGGCCCUCCAGGGACUGGAAAAACAUUGAUGGCCCAAGCUCUCGCAAACGAAUGCAGUCUUGGAGAGAGAAAAGUUACUUUCUUUAUGCCAAAAGGGUGGGUGGGCGAGUCCGAGAGACAGCUUCGACUUCUCUUUGAUCAGGCGUACCAGCUGCGUCCUUCGUUGAUUUUUUUCGACGAUAUAGACGGUCUCGCCCCCGUAACAUCGUCUCGACAAGACCAGAUACACUCGAGCAUCGUGUAUACGUUGCCGUUGCUACGGUUGCUGGUCUGGAUGAAUGGCCUGGAGAUAAUGGUUAUCGGCGCCACGAACAGGAUCGAGGCUAUCAACCCAGCACUCAGGGGGUCUGGGAUGUUUGAUUGUGAACUCUACUUCCCUCUGCCGUCUCUCCAGGCUCUUAAGCACAUGUUAUCCCUGCAAACGAGCCUGUGGCAACCUCCACCAACCGAUUACCUGCUGAAGAACCUGGCAGAUCAGACAUCGGGGUACUGCAGUGCUGACCUCAAGAGUAUGUGCUGCAAGGCCGUCCUUGCCAGUCUACGCAAACAAUACCCGCAAGUCUACGAGUCCACCGUCAAACUUCAGCUCUAUGUCAACUCUUUCGUCUGUUAA